UCCUGAAGUACAGUAGUUUUUAUUACAACAUGAAGUCUGCUGUGUUUCUCCUCUCCCUGUAUAUCCUGCAUGUAGCAUCUGAGCAGAUAUGUUCUUACCCACCAAGCGCCUGGUGCAGUUCAUGGGAAAUUGCUAAAGCAUGCCAGGUGGAGAAGCAAUGCUUGGAAUUCUACACGCACCUUGGUGAAAAGAAGUCAUCUGCUCCAGCAGUACAAGUGGAGUUGUAUUAUGAAUGUCUGUGUGGGGGCUGCCGUAAUUUUCUCUGCUUUCAACUUUUUCCAACAUGGCUGAUGUUAAAUGAGAUAAUGAAUGUGACACUGGUGCCUUAUGGGAAUGCAAUGGAGAAAAAUGUCAGCGGAAAGUGGGAAUUCGAGUGUCAGCAUGGACCAGAGGAAUGUGUUGGGAACCUGAUGGAGGCGUGUCUAAUGUAUUAUCUGAAGGAUAUUGGAAGCUAUUUUCCAGUUAUCUUCUGUAUGGAAUCUUCCUCCAAUGUCACUAAAGCUCUGGAACCAUGUCUUUCUGUGUAUUCAGACCUACCAGUCCAAAAGGUGCUUGAAUGUGUGAAUGGGGACUUGGGAAACAACUUGAUGCACCAGAAUGCUCUGCGCACUGAGGGACUGAACCCUCCGCAUUCAUUUGUACCCUGGAUAGUCAUCAAUGGGAAAUACACAGAAGAAGGUGAAACUCAAGCCCAGUCUGCCUUGUUUAACCUCAUCUGUGAUGUAUAUACGGGCCCAAAGCCAGACGCCUGUGCACACAAAAAAGUAACUCAAAUACAGAAGGAAACAUUAUGUUAUAACUAAAUGACUUCAACUGAUGAGAGAAGAUUGGAGCAGCAUCUUCAUAAUUCUAGUGUUUUAUAAUUGACAUCUUAUCUGUUAUACUGGAUGGCUACAAAAAACUUUUAUUUUUUCUUCCUGGAAAUCUUUUUUAACAUAAUUAUAAAUAUUACCAACUGACAAUAGAAACAUAUUUAAAUGCCCAGUUAGUCAAGAGACUCACACAUUAAACUGUACAUUGAGACAGGUUUUAAACAGCCAUAAAAUGUCACAGAAUUGUGAAUUUUUAAUGCAAUGCUUAGCACCUCUUACAUGCUCCCAGUUUCUAAUAUAAGAGCAUACUUUAGCCACUAAUUGGUGCAUAGACUCUUGCACACAAGCUUGAUUGACAGGUUAGCGUUGAACAUUGUGUAUGUACCAAUCAGCUCUUGUUUAGGCUCUUGGAGUUAAAAAGGGCUAAAUUAGCUUUUCUUAAAAAAAUCCAUUACAGAAGUUAUUUUAUAUAGUUGUCAACAUACUAUUGACAUAUAUCAGACACACUUCCCUGUCUUCAAAUUAAUUAGAAAAUGGGCUACAAGCUAAUUUAACUAUAAAAUGCAACAUCUUUAUAAUAAAUUGAAAUAAAAUAUCUAGCCAUCAUGAAUGCACUGAAUAUUUGUAUUGGUUGUUCCACUCAUAAAGGGCUCUUUAACAGGAACACAGCUCCACUUUAACAGGAACACAAGAUUUAAAGUCUAUAUUGAAUCUUUAUGGAUAUGGGCAUUUAACAUGAAAAAUACUGUUUCCAUUUUACCACUAAAUAUUUGCAUAGGUAUUAAAAAGACAUUAUAGUUACUUUAUAACAUAUAAUGCCAAUGCAUUAAUGAAGAUUUCUAAUGUACGUUAUUUUGUUUCUUCUCUCAUUAAUAGAAGUUAACCCCUCUGCAUGCCCUGUCUAGCAAAAUAAAUAAAGUACAGGUACAUAAAUUUGUCCAAGCUCAUAAACGCAAAUGUUUGUGUCAAUGAGCAUAAUGGCAUUUUUUCUUAUGAAACUAUAAUGUCUCUUUAAUGGAGAUUUCGCACUGUGUAAAAUACUACUUGAGGGCUACAUCCACUCAUUCUGUAUGUAAAUUAAAUACAGCUAUAAUUGCAUCUGUUAGGUCUGCUUUAUUUCCUCUUGGUUUGGAAGAAAUAAAGGACUAAUAAAGUUUA